UUGGUGAGAUUAGUACUCCAUCGGUUUGUUUGUUUUUUUUCAUAUAUAUAUAUAUAUAUAGGUCGUGAAAUGGUGAAGCACGUUUCAAAGUGUAAAAUACACAUUUAGAACACGUUUUAUUUACGCUCUCGCAAUUGCUAAAACUUAAUGAAAGUCAAUUUCGCCUAUUUUGUAAGCUUCGCUGGGAGCUGUAAUCCGCAGUUUUGGUUAUGAAGUGCUUUCUGUUGUUUGUGCUGGCAAUCGGCCUAGGAUUAUCCGCGGCCAACUCAGUUACCAGUUACAACUACUAUCGACUGCCGACGGCCCUGAGGCCCCAAAAGUAUUACUUGCGUAUUCUGACACUGCUGGAAAAUCCGAAUGAACUUCGCUUUGCCGGGACUGUGAAAAUUAUAAUCGAAGCCCUGGAAAACACCAGGAACAUAACGCUGCACUCGAAGGCUCUGAACAUCGAUGAAUCUCGGAUAACUCUUCGUCAAAUUAGCGGAGAUGGGAAGAAGAGUAACUGUGUAUCCUCCACAUCGGUUAACCCUGUCCACGAUUUCUAUAUCCUUAACACUUGUGACGAACUUUUGGCCGGCAAUGUAUACAAACUGAGCUUGCCAUUCUCUGGCAACCUAAGUCGAGAUCUAUUUGGCUACUAUCGUAGCUCCUACAAGGAUCCAGAGACCAACGUUACACAUUGGUUGUCUGCUACUCAAUUUGAACCGACUUCGGCUCGAAAGGCCUUUCCCUGCUACGAUGAGCCAGGCUACAAGGCAUCCUUCGUGAUCACUUUGGGUCAUCACAAGGAGCUCACCGGUCUCAGCAACAUGCCCGUGAAGGAAACCAGGCCCCAUGAAUCCCUGCCCAACUACAUAUGGUGUGAAUUCCAAGAGUCGGUGCCCAUGUCAACCUACCUGGUUGCCUACUCCGUAAACGAUUUCUCCCACAAGCCUUCCACUUUGCCCAAUGGGGCUCACUUCCGGACUUGGGCCAGACCAAAUGCCAUCGAUCAGUGCGAUUUUGCAGCAGAGUUUGGGCCGAAAGUACUCCAGUACUAUGAACAGUUUUUCGGCACCAAGUUCCCGCUGCCCAAGAUCGACCAGUUGGCUGUUCCCGAUUUUGCUGCCGGUGCCAUGGAGAACUGGGGUCUGGUGAUAUAUAGAGAGUCUACACUUCUCUUCUCGCCAACUCGUUCUUCUCUGGCGGACAAACAGGACCUUGCGGAAGUAAUAGCUCAUGAGCUGGCCCACCAGUGGUUCGGUAACCUGGUGACUAUGAAGUGGUGGACAGACCUCUGGCUAAACGAGGGAUUUGCCACCUAUGUAGCUGGCCUCGGUGUGGACAACGUCCAUCCCGAAUGGCAAUCAAAGGACAGAGGAUCUCUAUCCGCUCUGCUAGCCUCGUUCCGUAUGGAUGCUUUGGUGAGCAGCCACCCCAUAUCGAGGCCCAUUCAAAUGGCGACGGAUAUCGAGGAAAGUUUCGAUGCAAUCUCCUAUCAGAAGGGAUCUUCCGUGCUGCGGAUGAUGCAUUUGUUUUUGGGCGAAGAGUCCUUUCGCUCUGGACUGAAGUCGUACCUUGAAUUGUACGCCUAUAAAAACGCCGAACAGGACAAUCUCUGGGAGUCCCUCACCCAAGCUGCCCAUCAAGAUGGCGCCCUGCCCAAGAACUACGAAAUCAAGACAAUCAUGGACUCGUGGACUCUGCAAACUGGCUAUCCCAUGGUCAAUGUGAGCCGAGAUUAUGCGGCAGGAACUGCAAGACUCAGUCAGGAACGUUAUCUGUAUAAUACCCAGAUACCCCGAGCACAACGGGCUGAAUGUUGGUGGUUGCCACUGAGCUAUACCACCCAGUCGGAGAAUGAUUUUAACCAAACGAUGCCAAAGGCUUGGAUGGAGUGCAGCAGGACAGGCGAAAGUAUUCCCGUGACUAUUCAGGAUCUGCCUGGAUGCGAUCAGUGGGUGAUAUUCAAUAAUCAGCUUGCGGCACCAUUCAAAGUCAACUACGAUGGCCAGAACUGGAAACUGUUGAUCGAGACUUUGAACAGCGAUAAGUUUGAGAGCAUUCAUGUGAUCAAUAGAGCCCAAAUCUUGGAUGAUGUCCUGUUCUUCGCUUGGACAGGGGAACAGGACUACGAGACCGCACUCCAAGUGACCGAAUAUCUGGAAAGGGAGCGAGAUCUUCUUCCUUGGAAGUCUGCCUUCAACAAUCUUAAAUUGUUAAAUCGCAUUCUUCGGCAAACUCCCAGCUUUGGGUUCUUCAAACGCUUCAUAGCAAAGAUCCUUACGCCAAUCUACAACGAUUUGGGCGGCAUGAACGACACUUUCAGCUCGAUCCAACAUCAAGAUCAGAUCCUGCUGAAGACCAUGGUUGUCAAUUGGGCGUGCCAAUACCAGGUGGAAGAUUGUGUGCCCCAAGCUCAGACCUAUUUCCGUAGAUGGCGAUCCGAGGCCAAUCCCGACGAGAAUAAUCCGGUUCCGAUCAACCUUCGCGCCAUUGUUUACUGCGCCGCAAUAAGAUACGGCUCUGAUGAUGAUUGGGACUUCUUAUGGUCGCGGUUCAAGAAUUCCAAUGUGGGCUCCGAGAAGCAGACGAUUUUGGGCACCCUCGGUUGCUCUAGAGAAGUUUGGAUCUUGCAGCGAUAUUUAGAGAUGGCCUUCAAUCCCAAGGGACACAUUCGCAGGCAGGAGUCCUCGCUUUGCUUCCACGCAGUUGCCUCCGGACAAGUGGGCUUUCUGCUGGCCAAGAAGUACUUAAUAGAUAAUGUGGAACUUAUCCACAAAUACUACUAUCCACAGACCAGGAGUAUGUCUCGCCUUUUGUCGGCGAUUUCCGAGCAAGUUAUCAGAAGGAGUGACCUGAAUGCCUUCAGGGCCUUCGCCAAUAACUCUCGACAGUAUCUGAAGGGGAUUCAACAGGCAAUGAAACAGAACCUGGAGAUAAUGCUCACCAAUGUCCAGUGGAUGGACCGAAACUAUCACCAGGUCUCUCACAUCAUCCAGCAGCAUGUAUAGAGGAUUCAGUUGUUCAUUUUUUUACAUUAGGUAUACGAAUUAUGAGAAACUUAAGUUCCUUAAAUAAACAACUUAAUACUGA